AUGGCAAUUCUAACAAGAACAACAAAAAUCCUAAGGAAAACCCUAAACCCCCAAAUCAAAUCAAUAUCCACCUUCACUCACCUCUCUCAAGAACCCCAACUCUCCACCGAUCCCCCAACCCCUAACCCUAAUUCAACUCCUUUCCCUCCAAAUCCAGCCUCCGGCAGCCCACUCUACAAUGAGACAAACUGGCGAAACCCAAUCCACCAAAAUCCUAAUUCCACUCUAAUCCCUUUUGGUAUCUUCCAUAACCAGACCUCUAGAAUCGAAUCAAUGCCUCAAAACAUGGACUUGAAUUCUCUGUCAAAUAUGUUUGCUGAUUGGACGACGUCUCAGAGAUGGGAAGAUAUCAAGGGGUAUUUUGAGGCGUGGAUCAAGUCACUUGAUAGAAACGGGAAGCCUAAUAAACCCGAUGUUAGCUUGUAUAAUUAUUAUUUAAGGGCUAAUUUAAUGAUGAAAGCUAGUGCUCGUUAUUUGCUUGACCUGGUUGCUCAAAUGGAGGAUUUUAAUAUUUCGCCCAAUACUGUUUCCUUCAAUUUUGUUCUUAAGGCUAUGUACGAAGGUCGAGAGACUGAGGCUGCUGAGAAGUUGCUUCAACGGAUGGAGCAGACAGGAAAAGAAUCGCAACCUGAUGAGGAAUCCUAUGACCUGGUUGUUACCAUGCUUUGUAAUAAAGGCAACAUUGAUGGAUUUGACACUGCCUUGAAAUAUAUAGAUACGAUUCUAAAACGUGAUUAUGUGUUGUCGAUGAAAGUAUUUGAUGAAUGUGUUAGAAACUGCUGUAACUAUGGCAGACUGGAUGUGCUGCUAUCCAUCAUUGAGAAGUGUAAGAAAAUGGAUCAGAACAAAGCUCUCUGUCCGAAUUGGAACCUUUGCAACUAUAUUGCUGAACUUGCAUUAAAAGAGGAUAAAAGCAAGUUAUUAUUUUGUGCCCUGGAGUUUAUGGCUAGAUGGAUUUCUCGAGGAGAGAAGGCAAGGCCUACCGUUCUACUUUCUGUGGAUGAAGGAUUGAUCGUGGCAGCACUUGGAACUGCUGCCAGGACCUACAAUUCUACUCUCCUGGAUGCAUCAUGGGCAAUCCUUCGCCACUCUUUACGUCAGAAGAAGGCUCCUAACCCAGAAUCAUAUGUCGGGAAGAUAUAUGCUCAUGCAUCAUUGGGGAAUCUGCAGAAGGCUUUUGCUGCUCUGCGUGAAAUGGAGUCGUGGCACGGGAGUUCUGAUAAGGAAGCAGAAGAAGAAUUGUUUUCACCAUUCUCUUCUUUGAAGCCGCUAGUUCUGGCUUGCUCCAAGAAGGGCUUUGAGACUUUGGAUUCGGUAUAUUUUCAGCUGGAGAGUUUGAGUCUUGCAGAAUCUCCAUACAAGUCUGUGGCUGCUCUUAAUUGUGUAAUUUUAGGUUGUGCAAAUAUAUGGGACCUUGACCGUGCCUACCAAACUUUUGAAGCAAUUAGUUCUUCUUUUGGGCUGACUGCUAAUGUUCAUUCAUACAAUGCUCUAAUUUUUGCAUUUGGAAGGCUCAAGAAGACAUUUGAAGCUUCAAAUGUGUUCGAGCACUUAGCGAGCAUGGGCAUUAAACCCAAUGCAAUGUCAUAUUCAUUGCUUGUUGAUGCUCAUCUCAUCAACCGAGAUGCAAAAGCUGCUGUGUCGGUGAUUGACAAGAUGGUUUCUGCUGGAUUUGCCCCUUCCAAGGAAAUACUAAAGAAGGUCAGAAGGCGCUGCAUGCGAGAACUAGAAUUUGAGAGUGAUGAUCAAGUGAAAUCCUGGGCUAGGAAGUUUGGCUAUCAAAUGGGCUCUGAAAAUCGCAGGGACAUGUUGUUCAAUUUGGAUUACAGCACUGAUUUUCCUUGA